UAUAACUGUAUACUGUAUACUGUUUUUCUCCUGCUGUUCUGCCCUUUUAGACUAUUUUAGACCACAGUGUAGCGAGUGCUGCGAAAGGAUUGAGGGAAAGCGAAAGUGAAAGUAUGCUACUAUAGGUCGUUAAUGCAGGAGUAUCGUCAUUAUUAUCAGAGAGGUUUUCUUUAAGAGAUUCAGCUCAAUAAUCACUAGAGUGUGAACUGCGCCAUGGAUAAAGCUCUUCUGGUAAAGAUGGUUGGGAGGUGGCUGUUUCUGCCUCUGCUCCUCAGUCAUGUGUCUGCUCAGUCGUUCUCUGUGGUGGUUCCUCUAACUCCAGUCUCAGGUCUGCUUGGAGGCUCGGUGACUCUGCCCUGUGCUCUCUCAGACAAUCUGGAUGCAAGAAAGUUAGAGGUGCGCUGGUACCGUCCCUCCAUGUACAGCAGUCCGGCUCUACUCUACCUAAACGAGAAGCUGGAUCUCUCUGUAGCAGAUAUAAAGUACCGGGGCAGAGUGUCCCUGCCAGGACCGCUGGAGAAAGGGGACGUAUCUCUGAAACUGGACGACCUCAGACCCUCAGAUAUAGGAACGUACAUGUGCCAUGUUAGCAGUGACAGGUGGUACGAGAAGAGCAACAUGUCUCUUACAAUACAAGCUGUGGGCUCCAGUCCCAUCCUCUCCAUGCUCGAUGCAGGAGGAGGAAAGGUGAAUGUUUCUUGUCAGUCACAUGGUUGGCUACCAAAACCAUCGCUCACCUGGAGAGACAGUGACGGGAGCAGCCUGAAUCCUCCCAAUAAACACACAUCCACAAAAGUUUCUGAGGGGUUGUUCAGUGUGAGCUCCUGGAGGCUCUUCACUUCCUCUGAGUCCAGUUGGGUCUCCUGCUCUGUGGCUUUGCCUGAUUCUGUUGGGAUGAUAAGAGAAAGCAGAUUGACGCCACAUCUUCCAACAGGAACAUGGAAAGGAGCCUUCAUUGGAACUCUCAUCCUCUUGCUGCUGUUCAUCAUUGGAGUUGGAGUGUAUUUUGUGGUACUAAAAAAAGGUCGGAUUGGAUCUGAAAGAAAGAAGACAGAAGGUGGAGAAGAAGCUGCAGCACAGAUGAAGCCACUACUGAAACAUGAACAGACUAAUCCUCCACAGUCUGUGUUCACAGAAACUCAGAUAGUGAUUGAAGUGGAGGAACAGCAGCCGCUUCAACCUCAGACUGAAGAUACUCCUCACCAGCCUACAGAGUCUACAGGAGGAAAUAAUGAUCAAGAUCCUCAAAGAAACCAGACCUCACCACCUCCUGCAGGAAGAGAUCAGGAUCAGAAUGCUGAAGCAAACCACAAUUCAUCACCACCUGCAGGAGGAAAUAAUGACCAAGAUCAUCAACUAAAUAUGAACUCUGCACCACCUGCAGCUGAGUGGAAGCAGGUGAAAAGGUUUAAAGUGAACAUCACCAUAGACUCAGCAGAAACUCCGAAGUUCUUCAGAACAUCACACGGAGGAACAAGAGUGCACUGCACUCAACCUAAAGAGAAUCAUGAAGAAGAGGAGCGUAAAAUCUUCACUCUGUGUGAAGAGAAGUUCAGCUCUGGUCAGCAGUACUUUGAGCUGAAGGUGAAGGAGAAUUAUAAUCAGAAGAAGAUCUCCUGGUAUGUCGGGGUGGCGACUGAUGAGGCUGAGAGAAUUCACAGGAUCCCAUUUACACCACAGAACGGAUUCUGGGUUCUCUGUUACGAGGAGGGAAAAGGAGUUUAUAUCAGAGAGUCACCAAAAAUUCCAACACCAUUGUCACAUAUCAGUGAUGAUCUCAGUGUUAUAGGAGUGUUUUUAGACUGUGAUAAUCACACUCUGUCCUUCUAUAAUACUGAAACACAAUCACACAUCUACACUUUCACCAGUGUAACAUUCAGAACAUCACUGCGUCCUCUGAUCAGCCCUGGAAUACGAGACAAAACACCUGUACACAUCUGUUAAAGAUCAGUGAUUCCAUUUUAGCAUCUGAACACAGAAAGAUAAAGCUAAUCUCUACUGGUAGUUCACAACCCAGAGAAUCACACUCCAGCUCUAAAGCUAUAGCAGGAAAUGUAAUGUGUCUUCAUACAUAUACACUUGAACAGUGGAGCAGAAAGUUUUAGCACCAUUUGCUCAAGGGCUCCAACAAUGGCAGCAUAGAGAUCUUGGCUAUGGAACCCACAAUCAAUAAUCCAGUGCUUUAAACACUGAGCCACCACUGGCCCUGUGACCAAAACUUACCUAUUAUUUGCACGAACAGUAAUGUUAGCUACUGCCACUUGAUAAUAUAUUGAUAAAGAUUCUUUAAACACUGCAAGUCACUAAUAAUUCAUUUUAAUACAGGCAGAUUCAUAGAGUUAUAGCGCUUUCUAACCAUGUAUGUUGAGCAUUGAAGAUAUCAGUAAGUGCCAGGAGCCAAUGAGGACCUUUAUAUGUAUUUCCACUGAUCCAAAGUCUAUAUAGGCAAGUCUAUCCACUCUGCAGCCACGCAAAACCAGCACCUACACGAGUGCAUCUCAAAAAAUUACAAUAUUAUUGAAAAGUUACUUUUUUCACUAAUAAAGUUAAAAAUGUGAAACUCAUAUUAAAUACAGGGGUUGGACAGUGAAACUAAAACACCUGGUUUUAGACCACAAUAAUUGAUUGUCCUGAUGGACAGUUCUGGUGGAAACAGGAGAGUUGAGGUGCACAUUGAAUUCUGCCAUGAUUUGAUCAGCCGUGGUUUUAUGUUUUUUUGGAUACAAUCCGGGUUAGCACCCGAACAUCCCUUUCAGACAGCUUCCUCUUACAGCGUCCACAGUUAAUCCUGUUGGAUGUGGUUGGUCCUUCUUGGUGGUAUCUCGCUGACAUUACCCUGGAUACCGUGGCUCUUGAUGCAUCACAAAGACUUGCUGUCUUGGUCACAGAUGCUUCAGCAAGACGUGCACCAACAAUUUGUCCUCUUUUGAACUCUGGUAUGUCACUCAUAAUUAUGUGUGCAUUGUAAUAUUUUGAGCAAAACUGUGCUCUUACCCUGAUAAUUGAACCUUUACACUCUGCUCUUACUGGUGCAAUAAUGUGCAAUUAAUGAAGAUUGAUCACCAGGCUGCUCCAAUUUAGCCAUGAAACCUCCCACACUAAAAUGAUGACAGGUGUUUCAGUUUCAUUGUCCAACCCCUGUAGAUUACAACCAAUGAAAACUCAGUAGUUCAGUGUCUUGGAGAUUUAGAAUAUUAUAUAAGACCAACUGAAUCUUUUGGCAGUGUGCCAAGUCCUGCUGGAAAAUGAAAUCUGCAUCUCAAUAAAAGUUUGACUGCAGCCUAGAUUUUGGAACACAGCUCAAGUCCCCUCAC